AUGCCCAACCUCCUAGCAACAACCCUCACCCUCAUCUUCACCAUCCUCACCCUCCUCCCUCACAGCAGCUCCAGCCACCCCAUCAACGAAACCGCCCAUCACUCCUCCGCCGUCCCCUACGGCCUGCUAAUCACGCACUGCACCGUCCCCAACACCAUCGCCCUAACCUUCGACGACGGGCCCUCAACCUACACACCCCAGCUCCUCGACCUCCUCAGCGAAUACGGCGCACGCUCCACCUUCUUCGUAAACGGCUACCGACUUCAGGAGAGUGCUCCUAUCUUACAACGCAUCUAUAACGAAGGGCACCAAAUAGCCUCACACACGUUCGGCCACUCCUUCCUCCCCGCCCUCGACAACCCCACCAUAAUCAACGAAAUGAACACCCUCGAGUCCCUCUUCCGGACCUUCAUCGGUCGAGUCCCGACUUAUAUGCGCCCGCCCUUCCUAGCUGUGGACGGACGGAUCCUCGCAUUGAUGACAGACCUCGGAUACCAUGUUAUCGGGGCGAGCGUGGAUACCAAGGACUAUGAGAAUAAUACGCCGUGGUUGAUUGGGGAGAGUGUGAGGAACUUUGUAGAGGGGGUGCAGGCGGGCGGGACGGUGGUGUUGGCGCAUGAUACGCAUGCUCAGACGGUUUGGACUUUGACGAGGGUUAUGUUGGAGGAGAGUAGGAGGAGGGGGUUGGUUGCUACGACUGUGGCCGAUUGCCUGGGGGAGCCGAUGGAUUUUUGGUAUCGUUAG